AUGAUACAAGAACAAACCGGCGACGCGCAACCAUCGUUGUCGUCGGGCGCCGAUUCCACCGAUACGCCGUCCGGCGAUGUAGACGAGCGCAUGCAUAUCCAGAGCAAGUCGCCCCGACGCGUCAAGGUAUACCUUCUACAGGGUGACGACUGGCUUGAUAACGGAACAGGCUACUGUAUGGGCAAAGUCGACGUCAAGACACAAAAGCCGUAUUUUAUAGUGAGAAAUGAGCUCGAUUCCGAAGACAUCAUUCUUCGAUCGUAUUUGGAGGGCUCCAUCCAGUACCAGCGCCAGCAAGAGACCUUAAUAGUGUGGUCGGACUCGUCUGGCAAGGACUUGGCGCUUUCGUUCCAGGAGAACGAAGGCUGCGCUGAUUUGUGUGAUUUCAUUGUAAAAGUGCAGCAGGAAAACUUGAGUCCCAUGAUAUCUUUGUACUACGUCAUUACCUCGCUGGGUCAAGAAGGGAUCAACAAUGAUGGCCCUCGUGAAAUCACAGAGCUUAUAGCAGGCCCGAUUACAUAUCCUCCUACUUCACCUGUGAGCGAGGGACUUGCGGAGAUGCUGGAAAUUUUCGCUCAAGGUUCCAAUUCUCUAUACUCGCGGUUCAAGAUUCUGAGCUUCGUAAUCGAACACAACUACUUGGCCCGUCUUUACGCUCUAUUUCUAACUUGUGAGAAAAAGCACGAUCUCAAGAGCUUGCAUUUACUCAACGAUAUCAUGAAAACACUCCUCAUUUACAACGAAACCCUACUACUCAACGAAUUUUUCGCCCGGGACGAGUCAAUUAUAGCUCUUGCGGCAAUGCUUGAGUACGACCGCGAAUACCCGAACCAUAAGGCUGGCCAUAGAGAUGCCCUUGCAAAAGAAUUCAAAUUUGAGUGUUUGAAACAACUUAAGAACAUACCGACUUUUCCCGAUACGAAGCUCUCUAUUCUACGCAUGGAGCACGUCCUUGUUUACUUUCGUUCUGUUUUUGUUUCUCUAUUUUUUGAUGAUCAUGUAAUUGGCACCUUGUCCUCCAUGAUUUACAAGUGCCAGCUCGAGCUCCUUAAUUACCUCCGACGUUCGCUGGCGAACGGCAAUUUUCUCGAGCUGCUCUUCCUGCUGUACGCUUCCAACAAUUUGAACUCUGAACAAAAGCGAGACGGAAUCCGCAUGAUUCAUAAUUUCGCAAUGGUGGCCAAAUGCCAUGUGGCUGCAGUGAAACCGGAGUUUUUUGGAACUUUGAUUAAAUCAGGGUUCUCCAAAAUGAUUCCUUGUGCUUUAAAUGACGAGGAUCCAGCCAUUCGAUCCUUGGGAACCGAGUUGGUUGUUACCGUUCUCGACCAGGAUGUUACCUUUUCGAAUUCGGUAUCAAAUGAAGAGCAACAUGUGGAUGAAAUGGAAGAUCUCGAGGAGCAUGCCAGCAAUUCUGCUCUUUCUGGAGAACAAGGCCCACAUCCUUUGAGGCUCAAUCUCAUUUUUGAUGUUAAUCUCAUAGUGUCUUUGAGUCGAGUGUUGCUAGAAUCACGUAUUCCGGGACUCCAAAUGCAAGCUUUCGAAGCUCUCAAGUCUGUCUUGUAUGCUGCAUCUGCUGAGAUCUCAGCUGUGAACGAAGAUCAAACCUCUGAGGGCGAAUGUAUCAAAAAGGCUGAUCCGAAAAAGUCAGCUGAAAUUGCUGAGAAGCAUUAUCACCAAUUUUACACUUCUGUGGCACCGAUUCUAUUCGAAGACUUCUUCAAUCUACUAUCAGAUGACCCAAUUAUCAAGGACAAAGCACAAGAGAAUCUAAAAGGACAGCCAGGUUUGUAUCAGCAUUUGUGUGAUAUUAUCUCCUUCUGCUGCAGAGAACAUGGUCAAGACAAUUGUUGCUCUUUUCUACUCGAAACUGGUUUACUUAAAGGGUUGUUCGUAUCCUUGAGUCUGCGAUCUAGUGCUCUUCUCAAGCUUGCCGUCAUACGAGCUUUGAAAAGUAUCGUUCUCGUGAAGAACACUAGAGUCUCACAAUUUAUUGUUGAUCAUGAUUUGAUGCGUCAUUUCUUCUCCUAUUUUGAGAAGGUUUCCAUGCACAAUUCUUGUGCAAACUCUCUGUGUCUAGAUCUACUCUCAGUCAUAGAAAAGCGGGCUUUUAGUGAUGCUGGCUUUAUUUUGGCUGCAGACAUCUCGAAAAAAUACCGCGAUUUCUUAGAAACAAAGCUUGAGUAUGUCUCUAUUGGUAGAACGUUUUUGAAGACAUAUGAAGCUGCAGAAAAUGAGAGAGCAUCCAGUUUCAAUGGCAAAAAGUACACCAGGCGGUCGCAAGUUUCGAGCGACCAAUUGUCGUCUCCCAUUCUGGACGAGCGUUUAGAAGGCGAUGAAGAACCCUCGGAGCCCGUCGAGAAUGGGGUGCAAUCUCGAGACCUAUUUCAAGGUGUCAAAGUUCAAAAUGGAGCUCAUAAAAGACAAAGAGACGACGUGACAGAAGGUUCUUUGCGAAACGGAGAUUGUUCUUCUGCUUCCGAGGCAAAACGGAAGGCGCCAGUGCUUUGGGCAGACAAACCCAAUCUUGAAGAGGAAACCUGUUCAUAA